GAGGCGCCGGGGUGGCGGGCGGGCGGCGCGCGGAGGGGGACCGCGCCAUGGCGACGCUCACUGCCCCUCCGCAGCGGGGGACCGCCGAGACCCGGAUGGCGCUGGUCACCGUCCCCGCGCUGCUCCUGCUGCUGCCGGGCGUGGCGGGUGCAUCGUGUUGUUACCUUGCCAAGGGUAACUUAAUGUGUCGUGAUGUUUGUGAACAGAUUUUGGCAUCUAAGAGUGAUUCACAUUUGAAACAUCUUUUGCAACGUGCACCUGAAUAUUGUCCAGAAUCAAUGGGUGAGGUGUGGGGCUGUAUAAAUUCUUCAUUGCCAGGUGUUUUGAAGAAAUCAGACGGCUGGGUUGGCUUAGGUUGCUGUGAGUUAGCUAUUGUCGUAGAAUGUCGACAAGCUUGCAAACAGGCAUCUUCAAAAAAUGACAUUGUGAAAAAUUGCAGGAAGGAAUUUGAGAAUUCUCUUUAUAGUUGCAUUAACAGAAAUGAAAUGGGAUCAGUUUGUUGUGGCUAUGCAGGUCAUCACACAAACUGCCGGGAAUAUUGCCAAGCAAUCUUUCGAACAGACUCUUCUCCGGGUCCCUCUCAAAUAAAAGCCGUUGAGAGCUACUGUGCUUCUGUUAGCCCACAGUUAAUACAUUGUGUGAACAAUUAUACACAAUCCUAUCCAAUGAGAAAUUCAACGGAUAGUUUGUACUGCUGUGACAGAGCAGAAGAUUAUGCCUGCCAAACAGCUUGUAAAAGGAUCCUGAUGUCAAUGAAAACAGAACUUGAAAUUGUGGAUGGACUUAUUGAAAGCUGUAAGACAAUGCCUCUGCCUCAGGAUCCUCUCUGGCAGUGCUUUCUGGAGAGCUCCAGAUCUGUUCACCCGGGAGUCACAGUACACCCUCCGCCUUCCACUGGCCUGGACGGUGCUAAACUGCACUGCUGCUCCAAAGCAAAUACGUCCAUUUGUAGAGAAUUAUGCACUAAACUUUAUAGCAGCAGCUGGGGCAAUACUCAGAGCUGGCAAGAAUUUGAUCGUGUUUGUGAAUACAAUUCUCUUGAAGUUUCCAUGUUGACCUGUUUAGCGGAUGUACGUGAGCCUUGUCAGCUGGGCUGUAGAAAUCUGACUUACUGCACUAAUUUCAAUAACAGGCCGACUGAACUCUUCAGGAGCUGUAAUGCCCAGUCAGACCAAGGCGCCAUGAAUGACAUGAAACUCUGGGAGAAAGGAACCAUUAAAAUGCCGUUUAUAAAUAUCCCUGUUCUAGAUAUCAAAAAAUGUCAACCAGAAAUGUGGAAGGCGAUUGCUUGCUCGCUGCAAAUUAAACCUUGCCAUAGUAAAUCUAGAGGAAGCAUUAUUUGCAAAUCAGAUUGUGUAGAAAUUCUCAAGAAAUGUGGAGACCUGAGCAAUUUUCCCGAGGGACACAUGGCUGAAAGUAUCUGUGAACUUUUAUCUCCAACAGACGACUUGGAAACUUGUAUCCCUCUAGAUACCUAUCUUCGUCCAAGUACUUUAGGUAACGUCGUGGAGGAUGUUACACACCCCUGUAACCCAAAUCCUUGUGCUGCCAAUCAACUGUGUGAAGUCAACAGAAAAGGGUGUCAGCCCGGGGAACCCUGCCUGCCUUAUAUUUGUGUGCAAGGCUGCAAGUUGGGUGAAGCUUCUGAUUUCAUCGUCCGCCAAGGUACACUCAUCCAGGUUCCAUCUUCGGCAGAUGUUGGUUGCUAUAAAAUUUGCACAUGUGGUCAGAGUGGACUGCUCGAAAACUGUAUGGAAAUGCACUGUGUUGACCUCCAGAAGUCUUGCAUUGUUGGAGGGCAGAGAAAAAGUCACGGAGCAUUUUUUGCUAUAGAUUGCAACGUCUGUUCUUGUUUUGCUGGAAAUUUGAUAUGCUCCACUCGGCAGUGUCUAAAUGAACACAGCUCAGAUGACGAGCGUCACAUGUUUACAGGUCUGCCAUGUAACUGUGCCGAUCAGUUUGUUCCAGUGUGUGGGCAGAAUGGACGUACUUAUCCCAGUGCGUGCAUAGCACGUUGUGUUGGGCUUCAGGACAAUCAGUUUGAGUUUGGAUCCUGUAUGUCUAAGGAUCCUUGCAAUCCUAACCCCUGCCUCAGAAAUCAGAGAUGUAUACCAAAACCACAGGUUUGCUUAACCAGUUUCAAGAAAUUUGGAUGCAACCAGUAUGAAUGUGUGCCGAGACAGUUCCAUUGCGGUGACCAGUUACAAGAACCUGUUUGCGAUACAGACAAUAUAGAAUAUAACAAUCCAUGUACUUUGCACCAAAAAGGGAAGAGUAUAUCAUACAAAGGUCCAUGUCAGUCCUUCUGUAAAUCAGUGGAAGUGGUGUGUGGCCAGAAUGGCGAAAGCUACAACAGCAUUUGUGCUGCCUAUUCUGACCGCGUGGCUGUCGAUUACUAUGGACCCUGCCAAGCUGUGGGAGCCCUUUCUCAUUACAGCUCACAAGGAGAAUGUGUGUCCGUUCAGUGUCCUCCCCUUUCAGCCACCGGAUGCAAGCCGGUACUUCCACCUGGAGCCUGCUGUCCUUUGUGUGCUGGAAUGCUGAGGGUCCUAUAUGAUAAAGAAAAGCUGGACACCUUUGCCAAGCUCAACAACAAAAGACCAAUCACUGUGCUUGAAAUCCUUCAAAAAAUCCGCCUCCAUGUCUCCGUGCCACAGUGUGACGUAUUUGGAUACUUCAGCAUAGAGUCCGAGAUUGUGAUUCUUAUCGUACCUGUUGAUCAAAACCCCAAGCCCCUUCAGAUUGAAGCGUGCAAUAAAGAAGCCGAGAAGAUACAGUCGCUGAUCAACUCCGACAGCCCAGCUUUGGCCUCCCACGUGCCGCUGUCCGCGCUCCGAGCAGCCCAGGCGGAAGUGUCGGUCAGGAAACCGUCCUCCGGCGGCCAGGUUAUGGCAGCACUGCAUGUGCUCUUCUUGGGCCUCGUGUUCACCUUCUCAGCCGCGGGGUGGAGUGUGUAAUAGCACUGAAAAGGGCCAUUGGUUGAGUUUUUAAAUGUGUUUGUUUUUUGCGAAGGACAUUCAGAACCGCUGAUGUAUUAAUAAUGCAAUGUGUCUUUAUAUCUGUGAGCACUGCGCAGAGCCAAUAACGUCAGCAGAAGGAAGAUUCUGGAUUAGAGGUUUGACAUAUUGUGCUUUGGGCGUCAUCUAAAUUAAGGCUAGGGGUGGGGAGAUUUUGGGGGGAGAGUUGAAGACUGAAUGGCAGCACCAGGGGUUGUGCACACUCCCAUUUUGCUCACACAGGCUAGCCAGGGUUUUGGGCAGGUUCCAGAAACCAGUAAGACAUUUCUGGUAAAAAAUGAUCAUGGGGAAAAAGUGUGUCCAGAAGCUUUAGAAAUGAGCCUUCACAUUUCUUGGAGGGCGGGGGGGGGGGCUCCCAACUCUAGACUUCAGCUGCAGUUUUGCACAGAAGAGUCAGUGGGAUUUAAAACGCCUGAUGAUGUGCAGGACUUUAGCCCCGCAGCCUGCUCUUGUGUACUUUUCAGAAGCGAGUCCCGCGGAAUUCAGCAGCACUUUCUUCUGAAGUGCACCAGGCUUGCCGACUCAGUCAUUUCCCCUUAUUCUUGUGUACUUUUCUAACCCACCAGGCCUGGGCUGAUCCAAAAGUAGUCUUUUGUAAUGUAGCACAUGACAGCCCGUGGGGAAAACAUGCACAGGGAGCUCAAGCAGCCUUGAAGAGCCUGUCAGAAUGUGCAGCUUCAACCGCCAUGUGCAGCUCCUCUUGUGCACUCUGGCCAGCGUGAGUGGGGCAGGUGACUCUUUCACACAUGCCAAACCUUUACUAUGCAGACAAAGCGACUGCUGGAUGAAGGUGACAGUUUUCAUUCCCUCGGAAAAGGAAAUGGUUUUUAAAUUCUCAUCAGUAGAUAAAUAUUGUGUAAAGCUAUUUAAAAGUAUUAUUUUUAUAUUACUUAGAGGUAUUCAGAAUGAUAAAUGUACCCUAUUUUUGAACAUCCAUUUCCGAAGGAAACAAAUUGCUGCUACUGAUUUACCAAAAAAAAAAAAUGAAUUGUGUGACAAACUUUUACAUGUAAAUACAUGAUCUAUUUUAUUAUGAAGAAGAUAGCCAUGGGCCAAGUUCUGUCAAGAGUGACAUGUUGGGAGGAUCAUUCCACAUGCCCAGAAGGAUUUGCAGAGCGUCGCCCCCAAUCGUCAAUCAAGUGUUAAGCUAGUAUUUUUCUUACCUAAAAUGUAUGCGAUGUACAGAUGAACGACGCAAAUACAGCACAUCGCUGGCUUCCUUUUAGAAACAAGAGUUAUGAAGAAUUUUAAGCUAUUUAUAAUUCAUUCUAAACACUACAGUAUUUGCAUAGUUCUAAAUAAAUUUGCAGUUCUAAUGUGUACACGUUUUAUAUAAAGCAUAUAUUGUAAUUCUCAGGGCACAAUCCAGCAGGUGAGUCUACCGCACAUGGGCCUUGCUGAAGUGACUGGGAGCAAGAUACGCCCCUGAGCAGCUCCCAUUCACUUGAGCAAGGCUCACACAGGAGAUGUUUGGGUUGGAGGGAGCCUGUACUGUUUGGGUGCACCUGACCUUUAUCUAUAUGAAGUAUUGUGUAUCAGUAUUACGACAGCCCACUUUUGAAGUCUGCACAGACAGUCUUUGCCAAACAGCUGGACUUUAAAAGGAGGCUCUGAAAAGUGAUUUUCAGCAUCCCUUUUGUCAUUGUGAUGUGUUUGUAGCAAGUGUUUUGUCUGAUUUUUAUAGUGAAAAAAACUUUGCAAUGCAAUAUAAAAGCUUUUAUUUUAAUAAAAAGAUGCUUUAUUUUC